AAAGUUGAAACGUCAAUCGCAUUAAUUUUAUUCUCGUUUCGGAGUUUCGGACUGAACGGCUGUGUAGACUUGCAGAUAAUGCGUGUUUAAAUUAAAUUGCAACAUAUUGGUUGGUUUUUCAUUUCAGAUUAUAAUAGCAGUCCAAUAGCUUUACAGGACUUAAAAUGGAAAUCUCAUUUAAAGGCAAGAGAAUACUCGUUACCGGCGCUGGCCAAGGAAUCGGUCGAGGUAUCGCUGUUGAGUUGUGGCGUGCUGGAGCAAACAUCGUCGCCUUGUCUCGCACCAGAUCUCAUCUAGAGACACUACAAAGUGAAUAUCCCUCUAUAGACAUUGUGGACGUUGAUGUAGCUGAUUGGGAAAAAACCCGGAAGGUGGUUGAAUCCCUCGGCCACUUCGAUGCUCUUGUGAACAAUGCCGCGAUGGCUAUAUGUGAACCCUUCCUCGAUUGCUCACCCUCCGACUUUGAUAAAAUGUUUAACGUAAAUGUAAAGGCAACCCUUAAUAUUAGUCAAAUAGUAGCAAGAAAGAUGGUAGAAAACAAAACCCAUGGUGCCAUCGUCAAUAUAUCAUCACAGGCUUCAAAGGCUGCAUUGAAAGACCAUGCCAUCUACAGUGCAUCAAAGGCUGCUCUGGAUGCCCUGACUCGCUCCAUGGCUCUCGAACUUGGUCCUUAUGGCAUCCGAGUGAACUCUGUUAAUCCAACUGUAAUCAUGACUGAAAUGGCCAAAGUGGGAUGGUCAGACCCAGCCAAAGCCAAGGAGAUGCUUUCUAAAAUACCAUUAGGAAGGUUUGGAGAAGUAUCUGAGGUGGUGAAUGCUGUAGUGUUCCUCUUGAGUGAGAGAUCCAGUAUGAUCAAUGGUGUAGAGUUGCCAAUUGAUGGAGGUUUCCUUGCCACAUAAUAUCAUUGCUUACAGCAUAUUUCAUUUAGCAAAGAAUAUUAAAAUAACUUGAAUAUUUAUGGCUUGUAAUAUUGGAUAUUUUUUUAACAAUUGCAUAUUUUAGUUUUAAGUAUAGGUAUUGGAGCUAUGUUAUUAAAUCAACCAAAGAUGGUACCUUAUAUAAAUAUCGCCAUAUAAAGUUAUCAUGUAUGUUUUUGUGUGAUAAUAUUGUUAUCAGUUUGGGUUAACUUUUUACCUACUUAUCAUUUAAGAACAUUAACACAAACAAAAUUAAAUUAAGAUAUAAUUGUUCUCAUAAUAUAUGACUGUAAUAACUGUUUCUUUCCUUGUUAGCUAAAACUGUUGGAAAGGCAACUUUCCUUUAUUCUUAUGAUAGUUUAUUAGAUCUGUAUCAUGCCAAUGUCUACAAAGUCCUUCGAAAAAGCAUUUAUAUUUAAUUAAGUCAUUAGAAACUAUGAGAGGUGGACACUGAAAUUCCCAAUUAAAAUCUUACAUUAAAAAUAAAUAAAUAGAAAACCACUUAGUUAAGGUCAAUUGAUCUAAAUAUAAUUGACAUUAUGUUUGUUAUUUCCUUUUCUUUGUAAUACUGAAGACUCUGUUGGAAUAAUUUGCUUACUGAUACAUAAAUAAUAUAGUUUAACAAAGCCAGGAAAAUUAUUUUGUUAAAUAAAUGCAAUUUGUUGAA